AUGCUUCGCAUCGAGGAACUGAAGAAUACCUGGAUAAUUUCACCGGGUGGUGACUCCUCAGGAGGAGUGAGCAUACUCAAGUACUCUACCUUGGGUGAUAACCUAGAUUUUGAGGACAGAGAAGCAUGUAAGGCAGUUCUCAGUGAUAUUCGUUGUGCUGAAGCAGAAAUCAAGGCGCUUCAAACCACUUUCGAAAAAGCUCUUUUUGAAUUUACCGAGACUGUAGAUGACCUUGAGACUGCACCUACGAAAGAAGAAGAGGGAAAAAUUUUGGAAUACAUAAAUAAUGCUCAGAACACGAUCUCGGAUGCAGUAGCAUUGCUUAAUAUAAUUACCGGGCUACACCGUCAGUUGGAGAACUGGACCGCAAGGAGCACGCAACUGAAAGAUCAGCGCAAGCUCCAUGACCAGUUAUCAACUAUAACAGCUCAACUUAGGAGUACCCUGAAAGAAAAGGUCUCCUUGGCACCAACCGAGACGUGGACAUUGAUGAAACUCAUGACCACGCUUGAUAACGUAAUCAAACAGGAAGAGGAAAUCGAGAAGCAUAUGCCUAAAAAACUGGAAAAUACCCAACAACCGUUGCCUGUCAAACCGCAAAUUCAGGCGAUACGCCUUCCAUUUGCUUCUACUGCGAUAGCAGAGACCACUGGUCCACAGCAUGUAGUAAAAUAA